AUGCCCGCAAUGCAGGGUAGAUCUAUCACUUGCGGCAUCACCGUCGCCUGCGGCUCUGGGUUCUUCCUCUUUGGCUACGACCAGGGCGUGUUUGGCGGCAUCCUCAACGACAAGAGCUUCCUCAAGACCUUCAAUAACCCUGACUCCACCAUCCAGGCCCAGAUCACCUCCACUUACUACCUGGGCGCUAUAUUCGGGGCCAUAUUCUCACGCUUUAUCGGGGACAGAAUCGGGCGCCGCAAGGCCAUUAUGCUGGGAUCUACGUUUCUCACCAUAGGAGGAGCCUUACAGGCCUCUGCAAGUACACUGGCCCAUAUGAUCAUCGGCCGCAUCGUGGGAGGUAUCGGCACCGGUCUGAACACAACUGCAAUCCCGAUGUGGCAGGUUGAGACGUGCAAGCAGGAUCACCGGGGCAGGCUGGUCGUGAUGGAGUUGAUACUCAAUAUAACCGGCAUUGCGGUGACAAGUUGGAUGAACUACGGAUUCACAUUUCUACCGAAUAACUCGGUCUCGUGGCGGUUUCCUCUCGCGUUUCAAUCAUUCUGGGCCAUUGUUACCUUCUGUCUGGUUAUCAUCAUGCCCGAGUCCCCUCGCUGGCUCGUAUUGCGAGGUCGACACGAGGAGGCUCAGGAUGUCCUCGCCCGGAUGAUGUCCACCGACUUUAACGACCCGGCAAUCCUCAACGCCAUGCGCGUACUCAUAGCCACAGUGACCCACGAACGCGAGACAGAAACAAGCGCCAUGGCCGACCUCCUCCGCAAAGACCGCACGCAGACCCUACGCCGAGUCUGUCUCGGCGCCGGCCUAGGUCUCAUGCAGCAGCUGUGCGGCGUCAAUAUCAUCGCAAACUACUUACCCAUUGUGCUAACCAGGUCCGUCGGACUAUCCGACCGUCUCGCCCUGAUUCUAUCCGCAGUCUAUUCCCACGCGCUUACCCUCUGGGCCGCGGCAUCCAUGCUCGCCAUCGACUCGCUCGGCCGAAAGGCGCUCCUCCUCGUAGGCGCUCUCGGGCAAGGCGUGGCCUUCUUCCUAAUCGCCGCCGGCGUCAAACUCGGUACCUACAACAUGUCCAUCUUCGCCGUGGUAUUCAUCUUCGUAUACAACUUCUUCUUCGGGAUCUCGUUCCUAUCCAUCCCGUGGCUGUACCCCGCCGAGAUCAACUCGCAGGCGAUGCGCAAUUUCGGCACGUCGGUGUCGACGGCUGUGAACUGGACGUUUGUGUAUGUGGUUGUGCUGAUUACGCCGCUUGGGAUUGAGAAUCUGGGGUGGCGGUUCUAUCUUAUGUUUGGGGUGUUUAAUGUUGCGUUCUUGCCGGUGCUUUGGUAUUUCUAUGUCGAAACUGCAGGGUUGGCGUUGGAGCAGAUUGACCGCGUGUUUGAAAUUCAGUUUGAGAAUUGGAGAGAUAUGAGUCUGACAGCAGCCCGGAAACAGGUUCUCUUGGAGGUUGAGGUGGCAGGGACUGAUGAGAAGGGGGUUGUGUCUACAUUGCUGAAAGAGGAUACGGAGCAUCUGGAGGAUGUAGACAGGAUUUAA